UUUGAUGAUAGUCCUUCUUCUAAAAACUUCGCUUUAGCGAUGACAUUCCAUCAUCUUUUUCCUAGUGAAUGAACACUAGCCAUUUGAUGGGAAGGAAAGGAUGACUCUUACAGGAUUCAAAUACCAAUCAGGGAACAGUAUAACCUUGACGGCCCGUUUGGUAGCCGGUAAUAAAUUGUGGGAAUGAGAAUGAAUCUUAGUGUUAUUUAGCAAGAAAAUAACAACUCGAUGUCCAUGGUAAUGAAAUUUUGUCACAAGUUUGGUGUUUUUCUUCAUAAAUUUGCAUUCCUACCUAAUACCACUCCCCAAAUGGUAAUGGGUGGUAAUGAAAUUUAUGAAGAAAAAUAUGCAAUUUUGAGUGAACUAGCAUUACCAUGGGAAUGUAUAUUGUUUUCCUAAUAAAUUUACAUACAAAUUCAUUGUCAUUUACACCAUUUAUGUCCGGCUAUCAAACGGGCCGUGAAGGUUACAAUUUCGAAGAUACUACACUCACUAGUUAGCAUCUAGGAAAGCCCUAAGCUUGGUUGAGUGUCUAGGAAAGCCUUAUGCUUGGUUUCCGGGAAGAUAGACUAGGAAUCAAACUAAUGGGGUGUGGCUAUUGAUCACUAGUCGCUACCAUACGUCUUUAGGUACCAAUAUUACUUUUAUUUAUAGUUUUUUACUCAAUGAGAAUUAUGAGUGUUAAAAAUAUGACUAUCGUUACCUACUAUCCCGUUUCAGAAAAAUCUUUAUAGUUAUUAUUUGCAUAAAUACUAAAACAAAAUUAGGAAAGUUGGUUGAAUAUAAUAAAAUAUGGAUAAAGUGAAAGAAAUGUGUAAAAAAGUGGUGGGUGUAAGAAAAAAAAAAGGAUAAAGUAAGAGAAAGUGAUUGGAAAAUUGUAAAUAGUGUGAGGUAAGUAAAUUUUCAUGUCCAAAAAUAAAAUAAAAUAAAUUGUAAAGAACUUUAUGAAACGGACUAAAACGACAAGUGUAAAAAUCUUUUUAAAACAUAGGUAGUAUUAAUCUAUUAUGGUAUCACUUUGCACUAAAAAUUAUUGUGCAAUGCUUUUUUUUCAAUGUGAAAUUAUUUUACUGUCCUGGAUAAUGGUGAAAGAGCUCAAUCCUAAGUAGCAGUGGUCUAUUAGCCCUCCAGAAAAUAGAAGCUGCAGUUAGUGAGUGAGUUGCCUGCUCCUUUUUUUUUUUUUUUUUUGGUGUACCAUCCGGUUUACCCUUAGGGUUAAUCCGGAUUCGGAGUGAGUUCUGAGUGAUUAGGUUCCAGUCUCCUCCCAAUUGUUGUUGCGGGGGAUCGAACACGGGGUCCUCCCUACCAAGUUUAGCCUCAAUCACCACUGAACCAACAGACAAUUAGUGCCUGCUCCUUUGUUAGAGAUUCAAGGGUUUUGUAUAAAGUUAACAUCCCUACAAAGCAUUGCACAAAGCCAAUUGUUGUGAACAAAUUCUAGCAAUGCAUGUAAAAGAGAAAGAGUAGGCAUCAACAUCACAGAGGACCAAAAAGUAUCUACUCAUACAUUACACAAUGUAUAGAAGAGCACUAAUGCUCUGCAUUGUUAUACUUUUUUAGAGAGAGAAAAACUCAUAUUGUAGAGAAAGCAAGCUCUUCAAAAAUACAACAAUGGCGGACGAACAUCAGGACGUCGAAGAUAACACCGCAACCACCACCACCACCACCGUUGGAGAAGACGACUUAGAGCUCAGCCUCUCUCUCCGCCCUCUCAAUUGUUCUAACUCCUAUCUUCCGUCAUCUAACCUUCCUAAGAACCUUCCAGAAACCUCCUCUCCUGCCGCCUCCAACGGUCAGAUCCUCUCCAAGCGUGACGCUCAAGCUCUCCGCCGCCAAGAGGCCAAGUUAAAGCGGGAGUUGAAGCGUAAAUCGUCUUUAAAUAACGACGUCGUAGGAGCUAACCCUCAGCAGGAGGAUUUUAUGGAGGAACAACGUCGGAAAGUUCUGAAUUUAGGGUUUCAGGGAGCCGCGCCGCCGUGGUUUGGGCUGAAUGCUGGUGCCGUUUACGGCGGUUUCAUGCCGUAUCAAGGACAAAACGGUAAUUUUACUCCUCGUAGCGAGGGUAAAGAUGCGGCGGGCGUUUCUUUCUCUAGCGGUAGCUCCUCCGGAAUUUCUGAUAACUACCAGAGUAUUUCUGGUCCAGGUGGGAAUAGCAGUGAUGCUGGUAGUCAUUCGAGUCAUUCUCACUCACCGUUGCCCCCUCCAAAUGUUCCUACAACUAGCAACACCACUUCCCAAAUACAGCGUUGUUCAUCACAACUAGACCUUCAAUUUAACGGUUUAAACCCAAACCACUCAAAACCCCAAUUGUGCAGGUCAUACUCUAGUAAUAUUGAACUUGUCACAAGCUCAAGACAACCCUGUAAGUCACCAGAAGAACUAACCUCAUUAAGUAUGACUUGCCAACAAAAUGUAGCUCAGCCUAACAAUGACAAUACAUUGUCGGAAAAAAAUCCCAACUCAACUCCUCGAAGCACAAUCCCCAAGGAAGCCAAAGUAGAACUUGGGAAGCCUCCGAAGCCUGUUGGGUUAAAUGGGCAACAGAAACUAUUAUUUUCAGAAAUGCCGUGUGUUUCAGCCACCGGAAAUGGACCCAAUGGGAAGACUAUAACCGGGUUUUUGUACAAAUACUCGAAAGCUGAGGUGAGCAUUAUUUGUGUCUGCCAUGGAACAUCAUUUUCCCCAGCUGCUUUCGUGGAGCACGCCGGAGGUGAAAAUGUAGAAUACCCUCUCAAGCAUAUUAGAGUAGUACCCUUUGCCCUUGGUUAACCAUGUGAUGUGAGCUAACUUAUUGAGCUGUUGAGUAUUGCGGAUUUUAAAAGUGAAAUUGGUAAUAUAAUAUUACAGCAAAUUAAUUCCCCUCCUUUCUUUUUGUAGCAUGGCUGGGGAUGGAUAGGAAAUUGAAAUUCUUUUCUUCUCAAGGUUGAACUUUUUAUCUAACUGAAUUAAUUAGUAUAUUGGUUAAUUAAAAUUUUCUACUUUUGUGUGCAA